AGUACACAAGUGACAUUUGUUGUGUUUGCAGAUUCCUAUCGUGGUGUGAAUAUAAACAUUAGUAUAAAAUCGCAAUUAAAUAUAAAUAGAAUCCCUUUACGACACUCAAGAUGAAUCACAACCAAAUGAACAUGCAUGUACAUAUGAAUACCGUUGGCCAGACACCAAAUGUCGGCGCUCAAAUGCCAGUACCAGGUACAAUAAUGCAACAGCAGUCUCCACAGCAAAUGCAGCCUGCAAUGCCUCAGCAACCACAACAACAAGAGAAAAUGGAUAAUAUAUCGAGAGUUAAGACUCUUAUGGGCUCCCUGCGUGAGUCCAUACCGAUGACCUUAAAGUCUGCGGCUCAAAUUUUACAUCAGAACCAUAAUAUAGAUUCCAACUCUCAGAAAGGCAUUGACAACCCAGUACCAAGGUUUGAUAAGAACUUGGAAGAGUUCUUCUCAAUUUGUGAUCAAAUGGAACUCCAUCUGCGAACAGCUAUCUCGUGCAUCCAACAGGCUCAGUCGGCAGCUCACUACCUCCCUCUAACUGUCAUGCCGUCGAGGCUCGACACUGGACCCGCAACCGCGGAGUCAAGUUUAAGCUACCCCCAGUACUUGAACACGGUACGUCUACAGAUUACCUACGCGAAGGAUAUUCAUGAUACCUUGGUCGCUGCUGCGCAAAACAUCUCUCCCGAGUGACGUCAUCUGUCUCUGUACCUUAGCACGUAAGAUAAUUAUGCAUAUUUAAAAAUAAAGCCCCUUUUU